ACUUUGGAUCCUGCAUCAACAGAGCGAUUUUAUUCACGUUGGGAUGUAUUAAACAGAGCCAUACAGUUAAAGAAUUGGAAACCGCUAAGUUUUGAACAAAUCACUGAUUCAUCUGAAAUCACAGUUGGAGAAAUCCUGGGUGAUCUAGCAGCGGUAGCCACACUAAGGAUUCGGCUAUCUAGUCGGCCAAAGAUGAAUGUGACACACGACGUCAAGGAGAAACUACUUCAAGUCCUGUUGGUCCAAUCACAAAACCUGCUGACCACUUCUGGAUGUCCCAUUGACCAAUCCAUCCUGGUAGCCCUAUCCAAAGGCCGACUUGAAUGUGACAUAUCCGAGGAGACAAGAAAAAAGUUUGAUCAUUGGUACUUGCAACAGGUUUUCCAGCAUUGCCGACAGGUGGCAUUGCUCCACAAACAAAAUAUACAUCACCAACAACAAACCAGGAUUAAUCAUUUAGAUCAGUCGCCAAUGGAUGGAGCUAUAGUCAUAUCCAACAAGCACCACCAUGUACCCGGACAUGGGGCUGUUUUCACCAGUCCACCUCAAGGAAGGACCCGUAUAAGAACCUCUUUUGACCCUGAAUUGGAACUGCCGAAAUUACAGCGAUGGUUUGCUGAGAACCAACACCCCUCACGACACCAAAUCCAACAGUAUGUUAAGGAACUAAACGCACUGGAAUCCCGAAGAGGACGUAAGCCUCUAGAUAUCAAUAACGUUGUUUACUGGUUUAAAAAUGCACGUGCUGCCUACAAGAGGGCAGAACAAAGGUACUUUAUAGACCCUAAUGGUUCUCGUAGCCCUAGUGGUGACUACUGUGAAGACAGCAGCCCUCACGAAGCAGAUAACAAUACUAGUGACGAGUUCUAUAAGAACAACAAUGUAGACUCCUCUAAACAACGUAAGAUUGACUUUUGUAGCCCAAAAAAUGGCUUCAAAGUGGACUUGCAAGGCUCAGACAAGGAAAAUCCUGACAACACCAAUCAUACAUUGGAUUUGUCAGUGCGGCGAGAGACCACAGACACAAACCUCACCAGUGGUCAGUCAGUACAGCGAGAUCUUGUGGAUAUGAAUAAUAGCAGUGGUCAAUCUGUACGGCAAGAGAUCACUGACACAAACAAUAACAGUGGUGACCAUAAUUCCAAUGUUUCACCAUCCCGCCAUAAAAGAAUGGAACAGGCAGAAGUCAAAGAAGAGCUUCCUGAAGAUAUUACUGAUAACUCAAUAGACUCAUGUGUUUCGGGUGAUGAAGACCAGGACAUAGAUGUUACAAUGAUAACCAGUGAAAGUUGGGAGAAGUCAGAAAGGAGUAAAACUCCAAGAGAAAGUUUAUCUCACCAAGACUUUGAAAAUAGAGACACAAGUUCAUCUGGACCAAGCCAUCAGGUGACACCCUCUGCUUCUGUGUCUCCUUACAACAUGGAAGAAAGGAGAAAAAGAAACCGCACUUUCAUUGACCCAGUGACAGAGGUUCCCAGGUUGGAACAGUGGUUUGCUAUUAAUACUCACCCUUCCCAUAGUAUGAUAGUACGUUUUACUCAUGAGUUGAAUGUCAUGCCUUAUCGCCAGAAGUUUCCCAAGCUUGAGCCAAAAAAUAUCCAGUUCUGGUUCAAGAACCGCCGUGCUAAGUGUAAGCGACUGAGCUUGGCAGCAGUUAAAGACAGUGGACCUACCAUGGACAGAUUAGCAUUUCAGCCACUAAGGUGAAAACUAGACAUUGACAGAUUGAUAUUACAGUAGUUUCAAACUGGCUGGCUGUACAGUUUAGUUUCCAGCAGCUCAGAAUAAAAAUAUCUAGUUUAAGAGGUGUUGGACAGAUUGAAGAGCCACGCAGAGUAUUAGAUUAACAAGGUCAAGUCAGAGUAAGCAACUCAGAAAAGAAUAUAUUACAGAAUGAGCAGCUUGGAGAGGAAGAUAUUACCAAAGUGAAGACAUUACGGUGUGAGCAGCUUGGAGAGGAAGAUAUUACCAAAGUGAAGACAUUACGGUGUGAGCAGCUUGGAGAGGAAGAUAUUACUAAAUUGAAGACAUUACAGUGUGAGCAGCUUGGAGAGGAAGAUAUUACCAAAGUGAAGAUAUUACAGAGUGAGCAACUGAAAAAAUAAAAGAUAUUAACAAGACUUAGAUAGUACAGAGAGUGAGCAGCUCAGAAAAGAAAAGACAUUACAAUAUUGUAAAAUUACUUAUAAGAGUCAGCUUGUGAUUAUGAUGGUCAAUGAGGUUGAUCAGCUUGACUAAAAUGGAUUAGCAAAAUAGUCAGAAAUAGAUUUAAGCUACUUAGACUUAAAUGUAUGAGUGGAUAUAGAUUAGGUUAAAUAAAUCCGAUUAAUUAGAGAUCAGUGAAAUGUACAAAUGGAAUAGGUUAAAAGAAAGAAGUCAGAACUAGGGUUUAGCUACUUGGGUGAAACAUCCUAGAUUUAGCAGGUGAAGGGAAGUUAGGCUUAGCUAAAUAUCAUUAAAUCAAUGAUGUAUGGAAGAACAAAACAAGACUUAAGCAGGUGAAGGGAAGUUAGUCUUAGCUAGAUAUUGCUAAAUCAAUGAUGUAUGGAAGAACAAAACAGGACUUAAGCAGGUGAAGGGAAGUUAGUGUUAGCUAGAUAUUGCUAAAUCAAUGAUGUAUGGAAGAACAAAACAGGAGUUUAGUAGGUGAAGGGAAGUGAGUCUUAGCUAGAUAUUGCUAAAUCAAUGAUGUAUGGAAGAACAAAACAGGACUUAAGCAGGUGAAGGGAAGUUAGUCUUAGCUAGAUAUUGCUAAACCAAUUAUGUAUGGAAAAACAAGACAGGAGUUUAAUAGGUGAUGGGAAGUUAGGCUUAGCUAUGUAUUGCAAAAUCAGUGAUGUAUGAGAGAACAAGAUAGGACUUAAGCAGGUGAAGGGAAGUUAGUCUUAGCUAGAUAUUGCUAAAUCAAUGAUGUAUGGAAGAACAAGACAGGAGUUUAGUAGGUGAAGGGAAGUUAGGCUUAGCUAUGUAUUGCAAAAUCAGUGAUGUAUGAGGGAACAAGACAGGACUCUAACCUUAGGAAUGCUCUCUUAACUGAGACAGUUAUUGAUGUGACCCUGAGAUGGUUAUACAAAACAAAUAAAUGGUUAUCAGCUCUAAAGCUCCUGUGUAAGUAGGAAUGAACAUUCGCUUUUAAUUGUUCAAGAUAUAAAUUAUUUAAUAAGUUUGCUACAUCUAAAUAUUAAUAAACAGGUUAAAGCAUGAAAGAUGCCACUUAGCUGAGGAUGAUAAGGGAACACCUCACUACUUUUCUUGUUAUUAGAUUGAAAAAUUUAUUAUUUAAGCAGUUUGUCACUGUUGAUUACGUUAAAUAUAAGGUGAUGCACAAGUGGCACACCACCAUGAUGUUUCUGGCUUUGUGGCUAGCAUGUCAGACUAUUGUUCUGAGGGUGUACGGUUUGGAUCCAUUGCCAUCAAAACAGAAUUGUGCUUUACACUUUUGAGGCUGUGAGUGCAUUAUACGAGUGUCAUUACAUCCAUCUCUUUGAGUAGAGUAGUCUCAAGAGUUGCUGAUGGGUGCUGAUAGAUAGCUGCCUUCCAUCUAGUCUGUUAGUUAAAAAUUCAGGAGAGCUGUGGGAAUUGUUGUACUGUUUAUCACGACAAGAGACUUACUUCAUUACCUUAUUACAUGGAUAUUGAUGUCCCAACCAAAAACAAUAAUGAAACCCAACACGACUUACUUCUUACUAACUAGGACAGAAAUUAUACAACGGUUAAGGUGGUGUGCUCUACUUUUAUAUCCCCUUGUUUAUAUUUACAUUUUAUUAAAUAAUCAAGACAUUAUAUUUUAACAAGAAUAAAUUCUCCAUAGAGGUUUACAAAAAACAAAGGAAACUUACAGGAACACAUCUACGUUGUCGUACUUUCUUAGACAAAACCAUUUGAGUAGUUCGAGUUUUCAAGGGUAGGUACAGACCUUAUCCAUUCUCAUUAGUUAUCAUGGUUAACACUUGAAAACCCACACAGUCUAGUGUGCUUAAUUAUGGUGGUUAACACUUGAAAACCCACACUGUCUAGUGUGCUUAAUUAUGGUGAUUAACACUUGAAAACCCACACAGUCUAGUGUGCUUAAUUAUGGUGGUUAACACUUGAAAACCCACACAGUCUAGUGUGCUUAAUUAUGGUGGUUAACACUUGAAAACCCACACAGUCUAGUGUGCUUAAUUAUGGUGAUUAACACUUGAAAACCCACACAGUCUAGUGUGCUUAAUUAUGGUGGUUAACACUUGAAAACCCACACAGUCUAGUGUGCUUAAUUAUGGUGGUUAACACUUGAAAACCCACACAGUCUAGUGUGCUUAAUUAUGGUGGUUAACACUUGAAAACCCACACAGUCUAGUGUGCUUAAUUAUGGUGGUUAACACUUAAACCCACACAGUCCUUUUCUUUCAUAUCCUGCUUAUUAUGGUCACUGACACUUGAAAUACUGCAUGGUAUUUUGUGUGUGUGUGUGUAUAUGUGUGUUAAUUGUUGUGAUUAACACUUGAAACACUACUGUCUGCCUCAUUUCUGUUGCAUUGCUUAGAGGGCUUUACGGGUAUCUUUUCGUGUUUUUCUUUUUUUUUUGUAUUAGAAAGAGAGAGAGAUUGAAUUCUGUAGGAAACUGAUCAUA